UACGGAUAGCUUGCGUAAAGUCAGAUUUUGUCAUUGGCUCGCCCUGUCUGCCUGUCUACUUGUGUGUUGCUGCUGCUGCAUCGGAUAUGCAUGGUUUCCAUUUUUAUUAACGCAUCGCAAUUAAUAAAGCCAAAAAAUGGAACCAAAUUGUAUCUGCUUUUCUUAUACAGCAAACACGAUCUAAAUAAAGAUUCUACAUAAACAACUUUAAACACGGCAUGAAAUAAAUAUACAUAAAUUAUUAGUAUACAGUGUUAAUGGAAUAAUAAGAAAAGUUGAUCAGAAUCAUAAAACAUUACUUCUAGUACUAAAAUAAUCCAUGUAGAUAAGGUAAUUUUUAAAAUUACAAUCUAAUUAAUAAAAAUUAACGACAUUCGUAAUUGAAACUGCGCAUCAGCAGGAAUAUACCUAAAACAUAUAGAUAUAAUACGUUCUAAUAGUUUUACUCAUGUAUGUUUGUUAAAACAAUAUCACAUGAAAAUCGAUCGAUGGACUUUCAUUUAUUUGGCCACAGUCUGUGAUGAAUUUCUUGAAGCAACGCUAACAAUAAUAACCAGCUUCGUUAAUACAUAGUGAGAAAUAAAGUGCCAGCUGUAUUUCUACCACAACUGAAGCACAGUAAUCUUUACUUUUUUGAUUAUUGUUGGCUUAAAUUAUAAAAAAAAAUCGAUAACAAUUUCGAAAAGCAAUUAUAAGAGUUUGCAGUGGCGGCUAGUAAGCGCCUGCCUAACCUCUGAUGGCCCUACAACACUACCUCAAACACACAGACAAUUACUGCGGAACUGCGCCAACAGUCACGGCAACAACAGUACCAACAACAAACACAGGAGCGAUAACGCAAGCACAUUUGCAAUUGCAACAUCACGCAACAGCAGUGACAGCGCAGUCUUAUCAACAACAGCAGCAACAACUAACACAAAUUCAACAACAACAACAACAGCAACUGCAACUACAUAAUAUCACACCAACAACAAUCACACCAACACAGGACACCACAACAUCGGCAACAACCCACACUAACGCACAAGCGCAUCAGCAAUUACUGGUUCAAUCACAGCAUCGACUAAAGCAGCUGCAACUCAAACAGCCCACUAUACAUCAGCAGCAUAUGACCUAUCAUCACCACCAUCCUUACUAUCAGCAAAGCAACCUUCAUAAUACAAAUACAUCAGCUGUAUCAAAUACAUUAGCCAACACGGGUGCGGCCAAUCAUAAAUUCAAAAGUGCGCAGCACAACCAACAGAACUAUAAUCAUAAUCGUACGCUUCCCAUACACGCACUAAAUCAGAAUUCAAAUUUCUCAGCGGCCAGUUCGAGUACGGGUGGCGGCACAGCCUCCAGUCAUGCGCCAACACAGCAAUCGAAUGCCACUAACUCUAGUCGCUCAUCAGCCGCUAAUGGACAUGCCAACAAUGCGGUGGACAGUGCCAAAGCCGGAGCAGUGGGUGCACAGAUGCGCAGCGGCACAUCAGCAACCGGUAGCUCGGCAGUUAAUUCUAAAAAAAUCAAAAUAGAACCAGUGUUGUCGCAGUAUCAUCAAACUGAACGUUUAAACUUCGCUAAUUCGCAUAUUGUGUGGGGUGAAGAGCAUUGGCGACGUGUGGUCUUCCAGGAUGAGCGUAAAUUCAAUUUAGAUGGACCGGAUGGCUUCUCCAGUUAUUUUCACGAUUUACGUAAUUACGAACAAACGCUUUCGCAACGACCGCGUGGCAAUUCCGUUUACAUAUAUAUGUUAAUCACCGCCGGUGGUCCAAUUCACAUGGAGGUGUCGACGGCGAAACAACGACCACAAACAUAUAUUGAGACCAUAUUGCGCGAGCGACCGAAUAUCAUUACCAAAUUAGGUGGUAAUCCCGAUUUUAUACUGCAAGAUCACAAUUGGACGGCCAAUAUGACGCCGACAACACAAGAAAUGCUCGAUGCCGAAGGCAUCAAAAUGCAACGUUGGCCAACUAUAGCGCAUGACGUCAACAUUAUGGAGAAUAUCUGGGGUUGGCUGAUACGUGAAGUCUACGAUGGUGGACGCAAAUUUUCGCGCAAGGACGAUCUCAUAUUUCGUAUACGUGCGGCAUGGACGCGUUUACCGAUGGAUUUUGUGGUCAAUCUCUACAGCACACUGCCUGAACGCAUUGCAGAAUUAUACUAUACGCGCGGCAUUUACACAAACUGUUGACGAUGGCAGUGUUAGGAUAGAAAUAGUUAAGUUGACAUAGAUCCACGUUGAGCGAGGACGUGAUCAAAACAGCACAAUGGAAGGGUUGCAAAG